AUACCCAGCUUUUGUUACACGACAAGUCAACAACGUUAAUCGACAGGUGACACUCGGGACUGAGUAGCCGACUAUAACAAUCUGUCAGAACAUUUAUAAUAUAUUAUUGGCACAGACGAACUAUUCCGCCAUUGUUUUUCAAGUUAGCAACUUAAUCGUACGGUGGUGUAUUAAAUCCCUUAAUCUAUUUUAUUGGCGGGUAUAAACUGAAUAUAUUGUAGUGUGUGAUAAUACUAGCAGUCAACACGGGCCUCUGUACCGUUAAUCAUUAACAGUCUUGCAUUUAGCGAAGAAAGUAGAAACGUGUUCAGGGACUUAGGAACGUCGACAGCAUGGCAGACAAUCUGAAUGAAGAACAAAUUGCCGAAUUUAAAGAGGCGUUCAGCUUAUUUGAUAAAGAUGGCGACGGAACGAUUACCACCAAAGAAUUAGGAACUGUAAUGCGGUCAUUAGGUCAAAACCCAACGGAGGCUGAAUUACAAGAUAUGAUAAAUGAAGUAGAUGCAGACGGUAAUGGUACGAUAGAUUUCCCCGAAUUUUUGACGAUGAUGGCUCGAAAAAUGAACACGGUUGAUUCCGAUGAAGAACUUAAAGAAGCAUUUAAAGUAUUUGAUAAAGACGGUAACGGUUUCAUAAGUGCGGCCGAAUUAAGGCAUGUUAUGAUAAAUCUAGGUGAAAAACUCACCGAUGAAGAAGUGGAUGAAAUGAUUCGAGAAGCUGAUAUAGAUGGGGAUGGACAGGUUAAUUAUGAAGAAUUUGUGAUGAUGAUGUCUACAAAAUAAAGAUUUUUGUACGUUUUUAAAAAAAGACAGAAUAAAAUUCCAUGUUUCAACGUUCUUCAUACUACUUAUAAUAUAUGGAGUCGCAACAUGGAACAAUCUUUAUAUUAUUAAAAAGAUAAUAACCGAAAAAUGCCACAGUGCGUGGAAUUUAUUUGGGCAAAUAUGUCAGUCUGUGCAUACUCAUUUCGGUUAUGUUUGUGUCUAAACUGCUGACCUGUCUAUACAUACAGCCUAUUUAUUAUUUGAUGGAUGUGUAUUUAUAUAUACAUGUACGGUAUAUAAAACUUUAUAAUAACUAUAUACAAUUAGGAUUAUUUAUAACAAAACAAUAAUUAUACAUGGCUUAUUUCCUUUAUUUUUCCACAUACAUAUGGACUCUAAAUGUCAAAUUAUAUCCUACAUAAUGAAUGAGUCCCUCGGUAUAAUUAAUCAUUUAGGUCUGAAUUAAACAGAAAUAUUUACACGAUCAUGUUAUACGACAAUACAAUAUCACUGAAUAUCGCAAAAGAAUUAAAAAUCUAAUAUAAUUUUGAAAGAACGUAGGCUGAUUAUUGAAACAAUUCUUGAGAAGGCUAUUGGAUGAGCUAUAUUAUGAAUUUUAUAUCAUUAACAAAAGCUUAGAAUUUCUGAUAAUAUAAUCAGCUUUUAAGCUAAUCGUCAGUUCGCGUGUUAUUGAACAUAUGAAAAUAUGAUGUGUAUGCAUCAUUAUUUCUAUCGUAUCACAUGACUUGAAUCUGGGAUUUGAAAGGAUGAUAACCCCAGUUUUAAUUUAUUAACGAUUCUAUUUGAUCCGAAUAAGUAUUUAGGUCAUUCUUUUUAUUAUACAUUUAUAUUUGUACAUAUUUGUAUAUUUAUUACUUAUAUUACAUAACAUCAACUCUCUCUCCCUUUCGUUCUCAUUUUGUAAGUUGAUAAUGUAUGUUAAGCCUUGUAGCCUGGUUCGGUCAGUAUUGCUCUCUGAUUCUGAAAACCAGGUAAGGUUUGUGGUGUAGGUUGUGACCAUUGCCAAUGUUAAUUACAUUCUAUUCAGUUCAUAAUUAUAGUUGUAUUAAUUCUCACCAGAAGCACAUCUUUUGCCAAAUAUUGCAGAUGUGCCUUAUGCACGCAAUUUGCCUUGGUGUUCAAGCUGAUGCUGUGGGCUUUCUGUGACCUAAAAUAUCACUCAAAGCAUGGGAUUUAUAUGUUUUUCAUUUUUAUUCUGACCAUAUUUGCAAAUGAUUUUUCAAUGUGACGAUAUCCCAAACGCCUGAAUAUAAAUUUGCGAACUCUUUCGCGUUUUAUGGACAGGGUUUGUCUGUUUACAGGAAGCGAGUAAAUCCCAGUGAAGUUUUCCAAGGAUACCAAAUUCAGCAAUCCUCCUGUAACAUAACUGAUGCCACUAACUUUAUCUGUGGGUAUUUUGUGUCCCCCGCCAUUCAAAGAAAGCAGGGGACAAUUAAAAUGGGUAUGUCCGUCUGUCUGCCUGUGCGUCUAGCUGUCCCACUUUUUGGGACACAAAAACUCUCCUUCGAGAGAUAAGCAGUUUGAUUUGUUGAUGUUUUGGGACACGAUAACUCAUUAAUUGAGAGUGAUGAAACUUGGUGUAGAGUUUCAUAACAACAAUACCUUGACCAAGUUCGAUAAUGAGCCACCAAGUUUAAGCAGAGAUAAACAAUUUGAUUGAUUGAGACUUUGGAACACGAUAAUUUUGGUUCUAAUUAGGUGAGGGCGCCGAAACUCUUGAGUAUAGAUUCAUUAUAUCAAUACAUUGACUAAGAGAAUUUUCUGCAUAGUCUAAGUAGCGAUAGGUAAUUUGAUUGUUCAAGACUUUUGAACAUAAUAACUCUGCUUUUAAUUGAGGUAUAGAUGUUCAUUAGGCGAAUGUCUCGAUUGAGUUCAAUGAUUAAUAUUUCCUGCUAAAGUAAGCAGAGCUUAGCAAUUUCAUUGGUCGAUGCUUUGGUACAAGAUAACUUUGAUUCUAACUGAUGGAGAGUGAUGAAACUUAGUGUAUAGUUUUACUACCAGGUACUUCAAAACCUGACUGAGUUUGAUCGUGAACAUUUUAUGCCUAGACUAAGCAUAAAUAAUCAGUAUAAUUACUCGAUACUUUUGAAAAUUAAUGUGCAUUUAAUAAAUUAUGUGUUAUCUGUUUAUUUUGGGAAUUUUGGCGUGGGACAUCAGCCUCACUGUUGGCUUGUUUUUUUAAACAUUAGACAGCAAUAUUUAUUGAAUCUGGCUAUUAAGACAAGUUUGCCUUUAUUCUGCAUUCCAUGGCAUUUAAAAGCUCAAUCCAUUGCUAUGCUUAUCAGGUUAUUCAUAUGAUGCGCCAGAAAAAAAUCUACAUUUGAAAGUGUCAAUUCUAUGCCAGUUCUAAGAGAAAUAUGUUUUAUCCCAAAUAAUUUCUCAAAGAAAACGGACAGCUUGGUGCAAAGUAUUGGCUUAAAGAUUGUACAUUAUUUUGUUUGUUAUUUAUUUAUUUAUUUAUUAAAACCAUAAACGUGAGUAUUAAUUUAAUUUUGAUAUUUGUUAUGGGAAUAUUAAAUAAUAACUAUACAUGUAAAUAUUCAAAGAUAAUUUUCUUUCUAAUGGAUGGUGGCUCUUAUAGUUAAAAUAUCAUGCCCACGGCCUAUAGGACAAUAGUAAAGCAAUAGGUUUUAUAACCACGGAGAUGAACUCCUAGAGAGAAAACCCAAGCAUUUUACUGACAUCGCUUUAGAUUUAGUUGAAUUUUACUGAAACUAUUCCUUUAAGGUGUUUCUGAUCCACUUCAUCUGAAUCGUGUUAACAUAAUGUGAAAGAUGUUUCAAAGAGUUAUCUCCCAUUAUGAAUGCACUGGUGGACAAUAAUUAUUUUGUUCGAAUGAGAACUAUUUCAUUGCUUACGAGUUAACAUAGUGUGUAGGAAAUAAUUAUAUUUUUUUCUGUUUAACAUUAUUAUAGUAUGUUGGAUUUGUAAUUAUUGAAGACGUUUAUAGCUAGAGUAAUCGUUAUUUGAAUCUAAAAUCUACAAAAGUUUUUACCACAGAAUUGUGCUAAUUAAUUAGAUUUUCGCCAUUUUUUUCCUGAUAUUUAUGACUUCGUUGUGUAAAGAUCUGACACUAUUUUCUAUAAACAUAGCUUUGUGGAGUAAAUUUGUAAGGAUUAAAACUGGUCAAAAUUAAAGAGGUAAAUAGGGUCGAACAGAAACCCCGAGGGGCGUUAUGGAAAUUUCACAUUUUUAUUAUCACGUUACCAGAUCUUUCAGUAAUUCUAAGUAGAAAAUUUAAAUAGAUAUCCUAAUAAAAAAUGUAGUUAGUUUGCUUGUAGAAUUUGAAUUGUUUAUGUAUUUAAUCUAAUUUUUUAUUAAUUAAUAUAUGUCUAAUUAUUUAAAUAUUUGAACCUGUUAAUACCUUACCCAAUUGUUAUCUAUUUCAUUCAUGUUUUGGGCCUAUCAAUAAAAAAAAUUGUCAUUGUUAUAUCACAAUACUGGCGUACUUCGACUUUUCAGGAUAAUAAAUUUGUUUUUAUGCAUUUUGCCUUACAUGCAUUUUUGCAACUUUUAUGCAUUGUUUCCUUCCAGCCGUUUUUAUUUAAAAAUAAUAUUUGACACUUUUAUUGUAAAUGCAAAUAUGAUCAUUCCAUUCUGUAAAGCCAUUUGUAAUUAUGGUAUCCUGUCUGUUUCAUUGUAUGAUUUCAUUCUGUGCCCCCUGUUUAUUAUUGCAAUGUGGUCUAAGGAUUAAAAUUUUAAUAUCUUUAAA